ACCAGACGGUAGGGCGCCGGGUCCUGUCUUGCAAGGUAGGCUGUCCACCCCCGCUGGUGCAAGAGGCUGUUGGGCAUCGUUCAUCACUCGGGCACAUCACAACUUAUAGUUUCUCCUCAGCUUCCUUCCAGGAGCGGUGGUGGGCGUUAAUGGUGGCGGUUGUAGCCAUUGUAGGACCACCAGCUGCGCACUCCAACAGCCUGAAGAUCGCGAGGGAGCCUACUAUUCUCUCCUUUAUCCAGGAGGAAUUCAUUGCGAAAACAUUCCCCAAUGAGAUCAUCUCCCUGGAGGAGAUAGUCAAGGCGCCAUUAGAUCUUGACUUACUGGGUGAUGGGAGGAUUGAUGAAACCAUAAUUCAUGAUGCUAUCAAACAGAAGACAAAUGAGACGAGAGUCACAAAUAACACAAAAUUGGUCGCAGAAGAGUCCAAAACUGAGGAUACUUAUGCUAAGCUUCCCGCCCAUCAUCACUUGUCUCGUAUCUCUCGCCCGCUUAACACUCCUCACACCAUUCUCGAUGAAAACAUUGAUAGCAAAAGGAAAAAAAAUAUCCAAAGAAAACGUAGAAAGGCAGAAAAAGCACUGUCUCUUCUCUCGGCCGGACAUUCUCCUUUGCCUUUUCACUCUGUCAUUUCGCAUUCUCCUUCACAGCCAAUUCCUGCUGGAUAUGUCUACAACCCUUCAGUCUAUCCUACCUACUCCUCUCCCUUUGGAGUUACUCCCUCAUACGGAGUUACCCCAUCAUUUGGCAUCACGCCGUCUUAUGGAGUGACACCUUCGUAUGGAGUCAAUCCUCAUUUUGGAGUAAGUCCAUCUUAUGGAGUAGUGGCGCCCCAGUAUGUGGCCCCACCUUCUUCUACGUAUUACAUUGCACCGCAGGCAGGUUACAGUUCCCCGAUUUCCUCUAGUCCUGUUGCAGACACAUAUACGGCCCCACCAGCAGAGUACAAAGCCCCUAAAGAGGAGUACAAGGCUCCGGAGCAAGAAUACACGUCUCCGAAGAAAGGAUACGACUACUCCCCUCCGUCAUCUGCAUAUAAGGCUCCAGAAUCCGAAUACAAGGCUCCAGAAUCCGAAUACAAGGCUCCCGAAUCCGAAUACAAGGCUCCAAAAUCCGAAUACAAGGCUCCAGAAUCUGAAUACAAGGCUCCGAAAGCAGGAUAUGAUUACCAACCACCAACUCCUGCAUACAAAGCACCAGAGUCAGAAUACAAGGCUCCGGAAUCUGAAUACAAGGCUCCGAAAGCAGGAUACAACUACGAACCACCAGCUCCUGCAUACAAGGCUCCAGAGUCAGAAUACAAGGCACCAGAACCAGAAUACAAGGCUCCAGCAUCCGAAUACAAGGCUCCAAAAACAGGAUAUGAUUAUCAACCACCAACUCCUGCAUACAAGGCUCCAGAGUCAGAAUACAAGGCUCCAGCAUCCGAAUACAAGGCUCCAAAAACAGGAUAUGAUUACCAACCACCAACUCCUGCAUACAAGGCUCCAGAGUCAGAAUACAAGGCUCCAGAAUCUGAAUACAAGGCUCCAAAAUCCGAAUAUAAGGCACCAGAAUCAGAAUACAAGGCUCCGAAAGCAGGAUAUGAUUACCAACCACCAACUCCUGCAUACAAGGCUCCAGCAUCUGAAUACAAGGCUCCAAAAUCCGAAUAUAAGGCACCAGAAUCAGAAUACAAGGCUCCAAAAACAGGAUAUGAUUAUCAACCACCAACUCCUGCAUACAAGGCUCCAGAGUCAGAAUACAAGGCUCCAGCAUCUGAAUACAAGGCUCCAAAAACAGGAUAUGAUUAUCAACCACCAACUCCUGCAUACAAGGCUCCAGAGUCAGAAUACAAGGCUCCAGCGUCCGAAUACAAGGCUCCAAAAGCAGGAUAUGAUUACCAACCACCAGCUCCUGCAUACAAGGCUCCAGAACCAGAAUACAAGGCUCCAGCAUCCGAAUACAAGGCUCCAGCGUCCGAAUACAAGGCUCCAUCAUCCGAAUACAAGGCUCCAAAAACAGGAUAUGAUUACCAACCACCAACUCCUGCAUACAAGGCUCCAGAGUCAGAAUACAAGGCUCCAGAGUCAGAAUACAAGGCUCCAGCAUCCGAAUACAAGGCUCCAAAAGCAGGAUAUGAUUACCAACCACCAGCUCCUGCAUACAAGGCUCCAGAACCAGAAUACAAGGCUCCAGCAUCCGAAUACAAGGCUCCAUCAUCCGAAUACAAGGCUCCAAAAACAGGAUAUGAUUACCAACCACCAACUCCUGCAUACAAGGCUCCAGAGUCAGAAUACAAGGCUCCAGCAUCCGAAUACAAGGCUCCAAAAGCAGGAUAUGAUUACCAACCACCAGCUCCUGCAUACAAGGCUCCAGAACCAGAAUAUAAGGCCCCGGAGUCUGAAUAUAAGGCACCAUCAACAUCCUACAAAGAACCAGAUUCAGGGUAUAAAGCUCCUUCAACUACCUAUAAGGAGCCAGAUACAUUGUAUAAGGCGCCGUCAACAUCCUAUAAAGAGCCUGAUACGGUGUAUAAGGCGCCAUCAACAACCUAUAAGGAGCCAGAAUUUGAAUAUAAGGCACCGUCAACACUAUACAAGGAGCCGGAUACAGUGUAUAAGGCACCGUCAACAACAUAUAAGGAGCCGGAUACAGUGUAUAAGGCACCGUCAACAACAUAUAAGGAGCCGGAUACAGUGUAUAAGGCACCGUCAACAACAUAUAAGGAGCCAGAAUCUGAGUAUAAGGCACCGUCAACACUAUAUAAGGAGCCGGAUACAGUAUAUAAGGCACCGUCAACAACAUAUAAGGAGCCGGAUACAGAGUAUAAGGCACCGUCAACAACAUAUAAGGAGCCGGAUACAGUGUAUAAGGCACCGUCAACAACAUAUAAGGAGCCAGAAUCCGAGUAUAAAGCACCGUCAACAACAUAUAAGGAGCCGGAUACAGUAUAUAAGGCACCGUCAACAACAUAUAAGGAGCCAGAAUCCGAGUAUAAAGCACCGUCAACAACAUAUAAGGAGCCGGAUACAGUGUAUAAGGCACCGUCAACAACAUAUAAGGAGCCAGAAUCCGAGUAUAAGGCACCGUCAACAACAUAUAAAGAGCCGGAUACAGUGUAUAAGGCACCGUCAACAAGCUACAGACAGCCACAGGGUUACAAUUACGACCCCCCUGUACACUCUGGGUCCCCCGGGGUGUACUUGCCCUCCCCCCCAGAGUACGGGUCAGUACAGAAGGUGUACGGAGUCAACGAGCCUGCCCCGGUGUACGGCCCUCCUACACUACCACACAGGGUGUUGGACCCAUACGCCACAUUGGACUACUACGACGACACCUUCCGUCCGCCUCGCCGCCGCCAUGGCAGGAGGCGGCGGCCAGGCUUCAGAAGGUUCCGGGGAAGAUAUUACAGACAAACUUCGGAGUAAUGGCGACGCAAUUAAGACCGUAGCAGCAUCCAUCCCUAUCCGCCUGCUAGUGCUCAUCCGCCUGCUAGCCGCCCCCAUCCGCCUACUGUUCAAGCUUUACCUGCUGUCCACCAGUUGAACACUACAACAUUUUUAUGAUCGUCGGCCCGUCAUCACCUGUUGCUCAGCUGCCACCAGCGUCCUGUCUACCUGUCAUAUAUCUGCUGGUCAACUGCCUCCCAGCUGUCAUCCACCUACACCAUCUCUCACAGGCUUUCCACCUUUCAUCCACCUGUUCCCCCGCCCAACAUCCAUAUGCUAUCCACUUGUCAUCCGCCUACUAUCCAGUUUUCAUCUACUUGCUAUCGCCUUUUAAUCCACCUGCUGUAAUAUUGUCAUCCACUUGCCUGUAACCUGCCAUCCACUUGUUAGACAUAUACUGCCCCAUAGUCAUCCACCUGCUACCCACUAGACACCCACCUGUUACCACCCACCUGGAAAACAAACAGAAGAGUUUGUUAAACAGGUGUUAUAAUAAUUUACUUUCGUCCUCUGGAGUCAUUAUUUUCUCUGUUCCCGUUUCUUUGUUUCUCACUCUGUCGGUCUCUGUCUCUAUCUGCAUCUCUCAUCCAUUAAACACUAGAUAAUACCAUUUAUUUACCACCAAAUCAUGCUUUCAAUAGUCUUUAAUAUUUGAGACUUAGACUUGGAGAUCAGGUGUAGAGUGUAGGCUGUGUGUGUGUGGGGGGGGGGGGGGGUCUGUUGUAAACAAGUGUAGAUUGUAC